AUUCUUUCGUUAAACCGGGGAAUGAGAUCGCACAACCCGUCCUUUUAACUUUACUUUGACGGCAUUAUUUUAUUGUUGUGGGGUUUUAGCUCAGAGUUUUAAUAUUAUUUUAUCAACAUGAUCAAGAACGGUCACCACACAUCGAAUGAGCAGGGGAUAGAGAGCGGUGCUAAGCAGGGAGACUUGGCUUGCAGCCCAGAGAAGAGGAAGCGCUCUGUCCGGGUGUGGUGUGAUGGGUGUUAUGACAUGGUGCACUACGGCCACUCCAACCAGCUGAGACAGGCUAAGGCCAUGGGAGAUUACCUCAUCGUUGGAGUACAUACAGAUGAAGAGAUCUCGAAGCACAAGGGUCCUCCUGUCUUCACCCAGGCAGAGAGGUAUAAGAUGGUGCAGGCUAUCAAGUGGGUGGAUGAGAUCGUAGAGGGUGCUCCCUAUGUCACCACACUGGACACACUGGACAAAUACAACAGUGACUUCUGCGUCCACGGAGAUGACAUCACUCUGACGGUGGACGGUAAGGACACGUAUGCGGAGGUGAAGAGAGAGGGCCGGUACCGGGAGUGUAGACGCACCCAGGGGGUCUCCACCACAGACCUGGUGGGCCGCAUGCUGCUCAUGACUAAAACCCACCACAGUAACAUUGACAACUCAGACUACCAACAGCACACGGACAACUUUGGGAAGGGUCCUAAGGGCCACAGUCCAUGGACAGGAGUGUCCCAGUUCCUCCAGACUUCCCAGAAGAUCAUCCAGUUUGCCUCAGGACAGGAGGCCCAACCUGGGGACACCAUCAUCUACGUAGCCGGGGCCUUCGACCUCUUCCACAUUGGUCAUGUUGACUUCCUGGAGACGGUCUACAAACAGGCUGAGAGGCCUUACGUCAUUGUGGGACUGCACUUUGACCAGGAAGUGAAUCGCUACAAAGGGAAGAACUACCCAAUCAUGAACAUCCACGAGAGAACCCUGAGUGUCCUGGCCUGCAGGUAUGUAUCAGAGGUUGUGAUUGGGGCUCCCUAUGCUGUGGGUAAAGAUCUGCUGGACCACUUCAAGGUGGACCUGGUGUGUCAUGGGAAGACAGAGGUGUUUCCUGACAGGGACACUGCAGACCCUUAUGCUGAGCCUAAGAAGAGAGGUAUCUUCCGUACAGUAGACAGUGGUAACGGUUUGACCACCGAUGACAUCGUACAGAGAAUCAUCAAGAACCGGCUGCAGUUUGAGGCAAGGAACCAGAAGAAGGAGGCCAAGGAGAUUGCAGUGUUUGAGGCGAUGAAACGCCAGGCAGAGGGAGAGCGGGCCGGGGACACGGCCCAAGCAGCACAGUAACCAGAUCAAACUAGUUCAAACCAGACCCAGCUGUCCCAAAACUGAUCCUAACCCAGCGUUUCCCAAACUAGAGAAACUCUGAAAUAACUUUCUUUUUUUAAUUGCGUUUGGUUCAUAGAACUGGGGUUAUGUCAGUAACCUCCGGUAGCUGCUAGAUGCCGUUGUAAUAAUGAGAGCAGUUUUGGUUUUCUUCCUUCCUAUCUUUUGAACGGUUUAAUCUACGGUUUCCCUCUACAAUACCCAGAAGCCUCAGAACAGAGUGGACAAGACCAGACACUAAAAUCAGACUGGAGGAACAAUAAAUCAAUGGUGUUAUUUUCUACACAGAAGAUCAAACUAAAUGAUUGCCUGAUGAUCUUCUGAUCUUCCCAAUACCUUUCUGAUGCAUUUGUCACUUCAAACAAUCCUUCAUAUUGAAACACUGUCAAAUGUACUGUCAAUUGAUUUGUAAUAGACGGUCAUAGUCCCAGUUUAAGAACCAAACAUUGGCUGUUGAUUUCAUCACCUUUUUUUAAAAUAACAAAAUGGGGUCGCGGAACAAAAAAGUUUGGGAUCCCCUGUCCUAACCAGUUCAAAAUGGUUCAAACACGACCCAAACAGGGUCAGACUGAACCUAGCCAGCCCAAACCAGUCUAGUCCUACUACUUAUACUGUAUACACAUCCUUUAGUGAAGCAUUGCCUGCUAGCCCAUCCUAGACCUGCUUUACCCCCCAGUCCACAACGGGCCAAACUCAUUCCACCGACGGCCGAGUGGCUGCGGGUUUUCACUCCCUUGUACUUGAUUGAUGAAUUAAGGUCAGUAAUUAGUAAGGAACUCCCCUCACCUGGUUGUCUAGAUCUUAACUGAAAGGAAAAACAGCAGACACUAGACCCUCCAUGGAAUGAGUUUCCACCUCACCCAAACCGGAUCAGACCGCAGAACCUGACUUUAACCAAGACGCCUCCUCUCCUUCACCAGCUAAGGAGAACACAAAAAUCACCCUCUCCCCCUGUCAGUGGAGGCUGCUGAGGGGAGGAUGGCCCAUAAUAAUGUCUGGAGUGGAAUAUCUGGAAUGGAGUGUGUUAAAUCUCAUCACACUUCCAGGCAGAAAGGAAGGAGGAGAGGAAAGGAAGAUGGAGAAAAGAAUCCAAAGUGUGACUGUGAAGAAAAAGAGAACAUUGAGAGACUUGUGAAGAAGAGAGAAAAGUCUAUGUAGUUGUGUGUGUACUGUAUAUUUAGUAGUGCCUUCCAGUCUGAUUUACCAAAUGGCACACUAUUCCCUAUGGACCCUGGUCAAAAGGCAGCUGACCCCAGACCUGCGGUUACAGCCGCUGGCCCCGGACCUGCGGUUACAGCCGCUGGCCCCGGACCUGCGGUUACAGCCGCUGGCCCCGGACCUGCGGUUACAGCCGCUGGCCCCAGCCCUGCGGUUACAGCCGCUGGCCCCAGACCUGCGGUUACAGCCGCUGGCCCUAGCACACAUACAUGCCAGAGUGGACGUAGCUGCUCAGCCUGAAGUGUCCCCACUUGCGCCAUGGAAUAACUGGCUGUUCUGUGGCGUGACCGGUCACGCUGGUUUGAGGCAGAGGUCUUGGGUUCGCGCCUCGCUAGGAGCCGACUCAGGAGGAAGGUGGUGCUCUUUAAGCAUGACCUCCUUUACAUCGCUCUGGGUUUAAAUCCAGCCCACUAUCUCAUCAAUAAAUAAAAACAGUGUACUGUACAGGGAAUAGGGUGCCAUUUCAGAUGCACCCCUCUGUCUUGUAUGUAACAUGAUGAUUCAGGACUCUGUCAACGUUUUCUUUUCUUGUUUUUAAUGUGUUGGUAUGUGGAUAAUUAAUUUAAAACGUUUUUAGAGAGGUAUGGACAAUGAAUGGGGGAGUCAAGUGUGUGUAUGUGUGAGAGAGACUGUUUUAAAGGGGGAGUGUGUAUGCGUGAGAGAGACUGUUUUAAAGGGAGUGUGUGCGAAUGAAAAAUGAAUAACAAAACAAAUGGGCAUGUAUAUUGUAUGGCACUACCCCGCUAUAAAGUUGCUCUGUAAAUCUGUCAAUUAAUUGUCCGGUGAUAAGAAAAUACAUUAUUUUGAGGUUGAGCCUCUGUAGUUGUUCAAUAGUCCGUAAUAUCUGACAUGAAGUGGAAACCCCAAAAGGUUAACAUUAUUUACCUACUAAGCUGGAAAAAAGUCUGAUUAGUAAAAUUGUGUAAGCACACAUUUGCUUACCACUAAUGUCUAAUGAUAGUUUCAGAAGAGUAAUUUUUCCUAUAAUGGUCUUCACCUAUCUUACAAACUUAUAUAUUUCCACACUGAGGUUGAAAUGACACUGAAAUUAUGAUAAUGCCCUUUUUAGGGAAAAAGUGAUGGAAAUGUCAGCCUGUUCAGGUGGGAUGGAGUUUUUGGCCUACAGCAAAUCACAUUUUAUUUGUCACAUGUGCCGAAUACAACAGGAGUAGAUCUUACAGGGAAAUGCUUACAAGCCCUUAACCAACAAUGCAGUUAAGAAAAAUAAGUGUUCAAAUAUUUACUAAAAUAAACGAAGGGGGGAAAAAAGCA